AUGGAAUACUUGGCUCGAGUAAAAGAUCAACUCAGCCUAUUCUCAAAGUAUGAGUUCAUGCAGAUUCCUCGGUCACAAAAUGUAAAUGCGAAUGCAUUAGCUCGACUGGCUGCAACCUGUGAGACUGGCUUGGGAAGAACCGUGCCUGUUGAAAUUCUGCCCGAGCCGAGCAUAAAAGUUCAGGAUGUGAUGGAUGUCGACCUCAUCGGUCUCCUUCCACAAGGAAAGGGCCAGACUAAAUUUGCAGUGGUAGCUGUAGAUUACUUUACCAAAUUGGCCGAAGCUGAGGCCCUAGCUACGAUCACUGAGAAGAAAAUUACUGACUUCAUCUGGAAGGGUAUAAUUUGUCGUUUUGAGGUGCCAUACACUAUUAUCAGUGAUAAUGGAAGACAGUUUGAUAAUGCAACGUUUCGAAAUUUUUGUAUGGAACUGAGUAUCAAACACAUUUGUUCAUCGCCAGCGCACCCACAAGCUAAUGAACAGGUUGAAUCAGUCAAUAAAAUCAUCAAAAGGACUCUGAAAACCAGAUUAGGACUCAAGGGGCUGUGGGCUGAAGAACUUCCCAGUGUACUGUGUGUGUAUAGAAUGACACCCUGUACGUCAACUGGAGAAACACCAUUUCAUUGUCUUUUGGUUCUGAAGCAAUGA